UAUUAAAACUUGUCUUAUUGAUAGAAACUAAUGUUCAUCCUAGAUUGUAAAUUGUAGUUGAUUUGUUUAAACUACAUAAAGUCGUUUAUUGUAUUUGAUAAAUAAACCGUUUGCAAUUUAGGGAUAAAGAUUUGUCCAAUCAAAAAAUUCUUUACAUCCGUAGUUGUUAUUGCUCUUUGCCGUCAUCAAAAUGGACGGCAACAAAGAUGAAAGUGAGAAGUGCAUUAACAUUGCUAAAGGAUGUAUAGCAUCAGGGCAUACGGAGAAGGCCAAAAAAUUUCUUAUAAAAGCUCAGAAGCUAUUUCCUACCAAGAAAGCAGCAGAACUUCUUGAAUCUCUGGAACGCAAUACUGCCAAUGGAGAUGCAGCAGGAGGAGACAGUGACCCUAAGGUACGCAACAGAAAAUACAGUCAAUCCAAACCAUCCACAGAGAAAGAAGAAAUUAAAGUGGUUCAUGACUACACACCUGAACAAAUAGCAGCUGUCAAAAGAAUAAAUGGAUGUAAGGAUGUAUAUGAGGUUUUAGAAUUGACUAAGGAGUUCAGUGAAUCAGACCUUAAGAAAGCCUAUAGGAAAUUGGCUCUUCAGAUGCAUCCGGACAAAAACAAAGCACCUGGUGCCACAGAAGCUUUUAAAGCUAUUGGCAAGGCAUACAGUAUUCUAAGUGAUAAAGAAAAAAGAAGACAGUAUGACUUGUAUGGUCCUGAAAUGCAACCCAGCAGGCUUAGCAGAGAUGAUGAUUUCUCUCAAGGAUAUGAAGGCGACAUUUCUCCAGAAGAACUGUUCAACAUGUUUUUCGGUGGUGGGUUCCCUUCAGGAAAUAUUAAUAGACGCCAUCAUGCACACUCCACAAGAAGACAGUUUUAUACUUACAGAGAACCACAACAAUCAGAGAGUAGCCUAACCUUAUUUUUCCAACUGGCUCCAAUUUUGUUACUGGUUGUAUUAUCUCUACUGAGCAGCUUCCUUGUCAGUGAUGCUGUCUUCAGUUUACAAAGAACAGACAAAUAUGUUAUGGAAAUGAAGACUAGUAAUUUAAAAGUUCCUUAUUAUGUAAAGGAAGAUUUCAAGCCGGAAUUUAAAUCUGAUCUAAGGCGGAUAGAAAGAGCUGUAGAAGAUGAAUACAUAGGGCAGCUCAGAAGUAAUUGUUUUAGAGAGAGAAAUUAUAAAGAAAAUUUGAUGUGGAGAGCAAGAAACUAUGGAGACGCCAAGUUGUAUCAGAGAGCAAUGGACAUGGCCACACCAUCUUGUGAUAAUUUACAAAAAGUGUACUCUUGAUCAGCUGUCAUCAAAAACUUUGCCUUUCUGUUCGAAUUGUUUCUUUUCAGUCUUUACUAGGAGUGUUUGUGGUAAAACAAGCAAGAGACUAAAUGUGUCUCCAGGGUGGGAAGUGUUUGUAUGUUAGAUGAGUUUGCAAGGAUUCAUUUUAACUCUUUGUGUGUGUGUGUGCAGAAAAAAUUUGCAAAACAUAUACAUGUGAAUGGUGUAAAUAUUUAUUCAGCCAUGUAUUUAUGAUGAUUUGUAGGAAAGAUGCUUUUAUUCAGUGAUUGAUUUGAAUGCUGUUUUAUUCAAUGUGAACUGUAGCUAUGAUGUAUUUAAGUGUUUUGGUGUGAAAGAUCUUUUUAUCUUGUCCUCUAUUCAGAAUCAAUAACUAUGUGGAAAGGAAAAUUUUUAAUUGAUUUUAAUUAGAAAGAAGGAUGAUGAUAGAGUAUUGACUUCUCAUUUUAUGUACAUAAAUAUUUAUUACCAAUAAUUUGUUUGUUGUAAAUGGAGACUUCACUGCACCUGAGCAUAAUGAAAACUUUGUUGUCUGGUAGUGUUGUUUACCUAAUGCAGUGAUAACAGUUUUUAUAGUUAUGUUACACUUCUAUGGCUUGUUUUAGAAAUGCUUUCAGUUUCUACCAGGUGCACAUAUUUUCAAAAGACAUCUUGUGAGGGAUUUCAUGCACCUUCUAACUCAUGAAAUUUUCACCACAAAUUUUUUUCUUGUUUCCUUUUGCACCAAUGGCCUAAAUCCUGAUACCUUCAGUUUCAUUUGGUCAGUGUUAUUUUCUUCAAAAGUAUCAUUUCAUCAGAAUAGUGUCUUGAUGUACAGUAUUUCUUAAAGUAAUGGAGCCAGAACUUGGUUAGUCUUGUUUU